CCUAAUUGUGAACAGCUGACGUGCGUAAAUUUUUUUCUCAAUUACAGCCGGCAAUUAGGAGGAAAACAAUUUUUCAACGUUUUGAAUUAAAAUUUGUAAUCAAUGUAUUCCCAACGUAGAUUAGUAACGCUGCUGACACAAUACAAUGUUCGAAGUACAAAGCGAUGGACACACAAUGAAGUGCGUGUGCGUUUCGCGCCUAGUCCAACAGGUCAUCUGCACUUAGGAGGACUCCGCACAGCCUUGUAUAAUUAUUUAUAUGCACGUAAUAAAAAUGGCAAAUUCUUGCUGCGAAUAGAAGACACAGAUCAGACGAGACUAGUGCUGGGUGCCACUGAAAGUUUGGUUGAAGAUUUACUAUGGGCUGGUAUACAUAUUGACGAAGGACCCGGUUUUGGUGGUGAACGCGGUCCUUAUGUGCAAAGUCAACGCAUGAAAACUUAUCACGAUGCUGUGCACGAGUUGCUAGAAAAUGACACCGCUUACCGCUGCUUCUGCACCGAACGACGUUUGGAGCUGUUACGUAAGGAAGCCAUACGUACGCGACAAGUGCCACGAUACGAUAACAAAUGCCGCUACUUAACACCGCAACAAGUUGCCGUUUUAUUGGCCAAAAAUACGCCAUAUUGCAUACGUUUCAAAUUGACGUCGCAUGAGGAGCCACUGCAAGACUUAAUUUACGGUCCGGUAUCGCAUAACGUUAGUGAAAAUGAAGGUGAUCCAGUCAUUAUAAAAACGGACAACUUCCCCACCUAUCACUUUGCGAACGUAGUAGACGACCAUUUGAUGGGCAUAACACACGUUUUUCGUGGUGUUGAAUGGCAAAUUUCGACAACAAAGCAUUUAUUGCUCUACAAAGCUUUCGGUUGGCAGCCACCACUGUACGGGCAUCUCCCGCUUUUAGUCAAUUCCGACGGCACAAAAUUGAGUAAACGCCAAGGUGAUAUUGGCAUACGAAAUUUCCGCGAAAAGGGUUAUUUCUCCGAAGCGCUUGUAAACUAUGUGGUGAGUGCUGGUGGUGGAUUUGAGCAUACAGCAGGGCAAAAGCAAAUAAUAUAUUCGAUGGAUGAAUUAGCAAGCAAGUUUGAUAUUAAGCGCGUAAACUCACAUCCCAGUCGCUUAAAUCCUGAUUUGCUAAACGACUUCAACCGUUUGCACAUACUCAAAAUGCUGCAAACGAAAACAAAUACCGAACACCUGGUGCAACGCGUGCAGGUGCUGGUGCGGAGCGCUUAUCCAAAUGAACAAAAUCUCGACUUAGACGACCAACACAUUGAGAAUGUGCUAAAAUGGGCCGCCAAUCGCUUGACUUUCAUACAGGAUUUGACUGCGUCAAAGCUAAGUUUCCUUUGGGUGCGUCCUGCAGACUUCAAAUUGAAGAACAUAACGAGUGAUCAAAUGCAAUCGUUGAUAGAUAGUUUAGUGAGUGUGGAAUUCACUAAGGACAAUAUCAAUCAGCAAUUGAAGGAUUUUGCGGAGCUGCAUCACCUCAAAUUCGCUGUUUUCAUGAAGACUCUGCGUUCAGCUUUAAGUGGAUUGAAGGAAGGUCCCGGCGUUGCGGAAAUGAUGGAUAUACUUGGCAAGGACUCGGUUUUGCAGCGUCUUCGCAGCACUAUUAAUGUGCCAAGCAGCGAAGAAGCAACAAAAGCUGCCAAAGAAACAUAACCUUACAAUAUUGUUUACCUUGUUAAACUGUAAAUAAAAGUUAACUACUAUUUAAGAGAAACAAAUGCGUAUUUGAGUUGGCGUUCAUCGAAAUUAUUAAUUAUAUUUAUCGUUCACGCUUUGAGACUAAUUCAUUUAGAUUAUUUAUAUAGUAUGUUAUGGGCUGUAAAUAGUACACAUUUAAUUUUUGAAUAUUUUUGGAUUAAGAACAUUCGCUUAUAUAUAUAUGAGUGUAUGCGAAUAUCUGUUUAUGGGGUUAAUUAUUGUUUGAUAAGUAGAAUCAUCAUUGCAUGCAUCACAUCGAUAGUUUAAAUAUUUAUGUAGCUCACAGACAAGAGCUGUUACAAAUAAUUUCAAAUGCUGACUUGUUUGACUAAACACUCCGAUCUAUCCUCCAUUC